GGGCGGGAGCUGCCCCGUCCCCGCGGAACUACAGCUCCCGGCGCUCCCGGCGCGGUUCCCAUGGACACGGGGAGCUGAGCCCGCGCCCCGCCGAGCGAUGCCCAAGCCCAGUGAUACUUUGUGGGAUCUUGCUAUAGCUGAAGUGGAGAAGAGAGAAAACCCUGAUGAUGAUGUCAAGCAGGGGGAAGUUUGGGAAAAAUCAAUAUUAUUUAUGGGAAACAAAAAUGGGGGAAAGACUACUAUUAUAUUGAGGUGUCUUGAGAGGGAAGAGACUCCAAAACCAACAUUAGCCUUGGAAUAUACCUUUGGAAGAAGGGCAAGGAGACACAAUACACCUAAAGAUAUAGCUCAUUUUUGGGAACUAGGUGGUGGAACCUCAUUACUGGAACUCAUUCGAAUACCAAUCACUAGCCACAACAUAAGAUCCUUUGCUGUAGUUCUUGUUUUGGAUCUGUCCAAACCCAAUGAACUCUGGACUACUAUGGAGAACCUUCUGCAGGUCACCAGGAACCAUGUGAACAAAAUUUUAGCCAAACUAGAAAAGACAAAUCCUGAAGUAGCUGCUGAACUUAAACAGAGGAUGCGGAACAAUCUGCAGAGGGAUCACCCAGAUUAUGAGUUAGUUGACCCUUUUCCAAUACCCUUGGUGAUAAUUGGAAGCAAAUAUGAUAUUUUUCAUGAGUUUGACUCUGAAAUGAGGAAAAUAAUAAGCAAGACACUUCGAUUUGUUUCACAUUAUUAUGGAGCAUCAUUAGUGUUUACCAGUAAAUCUGAGGCUCUGCUGCUGAAAGCCCGUGUUCUUAUUAAUCACUUGGCAUUUGGCUAUGAUAAAAGCAAAUCUGUAUCAGUGGACCCCAGCAAACCUCUGUUUAUACCAGCAGGCCUGGAUUCGCUGAGCCAAAUAGGACCACCACCUGCCUCGGAUAGUGAUAUUGGAAAGAUGCGCGCAAACACACCUUUGGAACUGUGGAAAAAAGUAUUUGAGAAAACAUUUCCUCCCAAAAGUUUUUGUGAUUUACAAGAUACCAAGGACCCUGCACAGGAUAUACAAUACGCUGAGUAUGAAGUUGAUGUCAUGAGAGCUCAGAAAAACCAGGAACUUGAACAGUACAAAAGAAAUGCCUCUAAAUCAUGGAAAGAAAUGGAUUUUGACUCCGCUUGAUGAGCUGCCGUAGGUGUCUUUGAUUUAACAACGUUUACAAAAUUAUUUUAAAGUUACACGAGCAAUUUCAUCUGAAACAAUUGAAAAUACAUAUUAUCAAACUACAAAAAUAGUAUUUAUUAAACAUCCUUGUUGGUAUUUUUCAGAAAUAGAGCUGUUCAUGCAGUCCAAAUUUGUGAAUCUCGACAGUGGCACAGUUUUAAAAAGUGGGGAGACAAGAAUUCUAGAUUGCUUACAUAUGAGUUUGAACAUAAAGACUGGCAUUAGUCAGUUCUACCUAUUUUAUAACACAUUAUUUGGUUUAUUUUUAAAUACUUCUGCCCUAGACAUGUAUUUAAAUAUAAACAAGUUUUCACACCCAAAAUAUGAAACUGUGUAGUAGAGUGUGGUGGGCAUCUUUUUCUAGUUCUUUGCAUGUAUAAGUCAAAAGCAAAUCUUAAGAAAUACCUGCUUCAUUGUUUGAUAUAUUUGAAUAAAUAAAUAAAAACCUGGCAGAAUAAAGUGUAAAACAUUCUUUGACCUGGA